GGUUGAGGGUGUGAAUGGUAACAUUGGCAAAGAAAGUCGUAUAUAGUAUAUCGAUUGCGUCCAAAAUCAAAGAAAGAACGAACGAAAGAAACAUAUGCAGUGUUGAUCAUCAUCAUCGGAUCGGAGAUGAUAUGAGAUGAAGAAGAGCAGCAGUAACAAUAUGGUUGCGGCGGCGGACAAGACUCGGGCCUUGCCCGUAGACCCGAAUCUUCCACGGUGGGUCUGCCAAAACUGCCAUCAUACUCUCUCCAUCACCGGCGUCGAUGAUUCCACCUACCGACCGGGAUCUUCCAUGCAUGGAGCAGGGAGUGUGUUAGGCAGUCGCAUGGAUCAGUCAUUUGUUGUGUUGCCAAAACAAAAGCCUGGCAUUCCUCCUCGUCCGGUGCAGUCUGUGAAGGCGAUGGAAGAAUCGUUUGUGGUAUUGCCUCCACCUGCUGCAUCUGUCUACAAGUCUGCUGAUGGGACCACACAUGUUCCAUCACAUGAUGAGAGUACCGCUCCUGCACGUGCAAAUAAUUCUGGGUUCCACUCAACCAUAACCGUCUUAAAGCGUGCAUUUGAGAUUGCCACAACCCAAACACAGGUUGAGCAACCUUUAUGCCUGGAAUGCAUGAGGGUAUUAUCUGAUAAGCUUGAUAAGGAGGUUGAAGAUGUCAACACUGAUAUUAAGGCAUAUGAAGCCUGCCUUCAGCGAUUGGAGGGAGAGCCACGCAAUCUGCUUACCGAAGCUGACUUUUUGAGAGAAAAACUAAAGAUAGAAGAAGAAGAACGUAAACUUGAAGCAGCAAUCCAAGAGACCGAAAAACAGUGUAGUCAAGUAACUGGCGAACUAAAGGAACUUGAACUUAAAUCUAAUCGCUUUAAAGAGUUGGAGGAACGGUAUUGGCAUGAGUUCAAUAAUUUCCAGUUUCAGUUGAUAUCCCAUCAGGAAGAGAGAGAUGCAAUAUUGGCGAAAAUAGAAGUUUCACAAGCACAUUUAGAACUUCUGAAGAGAACGAAUGUCCUGAAUGAUGCAUUUCCAAUUUGGUAUGAUGGAGAAUUUGGAACAAUUAACAAUUUCAGGCUGGGAAGACUGCCUAAAAUUCCAGUUGAGUGGGAUGAGAUAAAUGCUGCAUGGGGUCAAGCUUGCCUGCUGCUUCAUACAAUGUCCCAAUACUUCAGACCAAAGUACCAAUACCGAAUAAAAAUUCUUCCUAUGGGAAGUUAUCCUCGGAUAAUGGACACUGGCAACAAUACUUAUGAGUUGUUUGGUCCUGUGAAUCUGUUUUGGAGCACUCGAUAUGACAAGGCAAUGACGCUGUUCUUGACAUGUCUCAAGGACUUUGCAGAAUUUGCAAACUCCAAGGAUAAAGAAAAUAACAUACCAGCUGAUAAAUGUUUCAAGCUUCCGUAUAAGAUAGAGAAUGACAAAGUGGAAAGCUAUUCCAUCACACAAAGCUUCAACAAACAGGAGAGCUGGACAAAAGCUCUCAAGUAUACCCUCUGCAAUUUGAAGUGGGCACUCUACUGGUUUGUUGGUAAUACCAAUUUUCAGCCGCUGCUCUCGCAGGUCCCAUCUUCAUCUUCUUCAACUUCUUUGUACAGAAAGCAGCAGGGCUCCAAAACAAGUUAAUAUAUUCCUACUGUAAUUUUAUAACAAGACAACAAGUUUGUUUACUAACAAUGCAUGCAAAUCAAGUAAAAUGGUAGUACACUCUGCACAUAUAUAUGUAUCAGUUUGAAUUAUUAUUAACUUUAAUCCCACAA